GCCAGUGGCGUGUGCGCCUGCGCACUGGUACGCGAAGACAAAGCUGCAACGACUAGGAGUCGUUCGCUGCCUGUGAGCCAGCAAUGGCGUGUGCGGUUGUGCUGUCGCUUGGGCUGGGGCUGCUGCUUGUGUCUGCGCCACUCGAGGUUCUCGGAGAGUGCCCCAGCUGCCAACUCCGAGCACACUCAGGGCACCGCGCCCAGGUCGGCCCUGGGGCCACCGAACCCUGGCGGCGACUGGCGCCCAAGGAGCAGCGUGAGCGGGCCCGGGCGCUACCGUGGGGGGCGCUGUACACUGCAGGCGUCGUGGCCUUUGUGCUAUACAAGUGUUUGCAGGGCAAAGAUGAGGUUGCAGAUCUCCAAGAGAAAGGCAAGAAGGAACCACUGCAGUCAGACCAGCAGCUGGCCCAGCUGAUACAACAGCUGGCUCAGACUGAGCAGCACCUGAACAACCUGAUGGCCCAGCUGGACCCCCUUUUCGAGCAUGUGACUGCUCUGGUUGGAACCCAGCGGGACCUUUUGGAUAAGAAACUACAGACCGUUCACCAGCUUCUCCAAGACCACAAACCAGAAAAGGGUGUGGAAGCUCCAGAGUCAGAGGCCAGCAUACCCUUUCCUGAAGAUUUUCAAAUAGAGGAGGAGGAAGAAGAGGCUGGUGACAGCGUGGCCUGGAAGGAGCCUGUAAACUGGAGCACGGAGACUUGGAACCUAGCUACUUCCUGGCAAGUGGAACAAGAACUAAGGAGAAGAUGCAGCAAGCCUGUGACAGAGGGUCUCAGGCACAGCCCCAUCCAAGAAGGAAAGACAGCCCCUGAUGGUCUAGUAAAACCAAGUUUAUUCUUGUGAGUGGA